AUGAAAUACACUUGCUUUCUUCUACUCCUGGCGACCAUUGGCUGUGUCCUGGUCAGGCACACGAAUGCCCAAUCCACACCAGCUACCGAGGCCACAACUACCACCACCACUACCAGUGCUUCGGCCACAACAACUGCUGCUUCUGCAACAACAACUGCUGCGGCUGCCACGACAACUGCUGCGGCAGCCACAACAAGUGCAUCGGCUACCACCACUGCCUCAGAGACGACCACAGCCUCAUCAGGAACACCAACAAAGUGUUGCUGUCGGGGUGGCAAAAAGUCGAAAAAUAAUAAAUUGAGAGGAGGCAAGCUGUGGCUGCGGUUGCUCAUCAGCUACGACAACAACGGCGGCACCAUCAACCGGAUCAGGAAGCUCAUGCUCUUGUGA